AUGAACUCCUGGGGGUUCGAGCUAAGGACGAGCACGACAAGAAGGUUCGAUAGAGAACGAAAGUUUGCCCCAGCUCAAAGCCGAAGAGUGUACGUUUACAGUCUCCGCGAGUGUAUGAGGCACCUUCCCUGUGCACUGGGUGCUCCCCCAAUUACUUCUGCACAACCAGCCCAGCCAACAACUUCCCUUUCGCUUCAUUGCGGGGAAAGAUUCCAGAAAUUACUACAUUCUUUCCUUCAUAAAUUCCAUUUUACUUUCCCAAAUUUCUUCCUCCAGGAAAGUGGCACACCCAUGUCCUGGGUUCUCAGGGAUCUCCGCAUGGAGGCAUUUCGUAGAUAUGACGCUCUCUUUAGCAGAUUUGAUUACUUUCUCGGUCCUGCGAAUGCUCCACUGCGUCUUGCCGACCACUGUGGAACAUGCAAGAGGCUCGGCGAAUGGACUCCAUCCCAGUUGUGCUCCACACUGGGUGAUAACAUGCUGUAUACACGAGAAAGAAGAGCGACCAACCCCAAAACACUAGUAGACCUAUCGUGUCGCUUCGGGGGUCUUCAUGAUCGCAUUGUGAGUAUCGAAUAA